AGCUUCCACCCCCACUUACCAGCCGGCAGCGCUAAUCUCGUAACAAAACCCACCAAUAGGAUUCUAAGCUUUAUUUCCCAGAGAUUUUUAUUCUAUCUCUCUCUUUCCGCCGCUCCGCCCGUGCGUUCGGCGCAACAGCAAACCGAUCGCAAUGCCUUGCGUGCCAGCUCCAAUCUCCUAGCCGCCGCCGCUCGUCCGCCUGCAUCUCCAACCGCAAUCCUCCCCCGAUUCUCCCGAGUUCAGUUACCACUGCCCGUACCACCACCACUACUUGAACCCACCGCCGUCAAUCUGCGUCGGGGUUUAGCAGCUCCGCCCGUCCGUCCCCAAAGGUCCGCCUUUUCUUUCUCCUUCACAAACUCGCAGUCAAAAGGAAAUUCCGACUCCAUCUUGAGUAGCGGCAGCGGUAGCAGAAUUUAAGUGGCGCCGCAUACUCGCCGUCGUCGCCAAAGAUGUCCAGCGGCGAAGAGUAAAGGAACCUGCCCGGAUUCAAAGCGACGGGAUCGGAUUCCAUCCCGUGGAUAAAUUGCCACCGAUCGCCUUUUUUCCUUCCUUCCUUCCGUCGGUGUGCCGGUGCGGCGGCCGGGUAGCGAGAGGGGAGGUCCAAGGAUAGGUGGGAACUAGAAGGCCGGUACUGCUGGCUCCUCCGUUUGGUUUGCAGGGGAGGGGUUCAGUCAGAUGGGGGCCAUCAUGUGCUGCUUACGCGGCCGCGGCCCCGGCGACGACGCGCCUGGCUGCUGCUGCCUGCCAUGGCCUUUCCUGAACAACGAUCGCAACAACGAUAACAACAACAACAACAGCAAUCACAACUCGGGCGGUCCUGCUCGUCAAAGAGCAAAUACACGGGUUGCGCCUGUUCAGGGAAGGGUUCCUCCUGCGGGUUCACGGCAGGAUGAUUCAAUGAACACCUUCCGCUGCCCUCCUAGGCCUUUGCCUUAUGAUGAUCCUCAAUUCAGACAUCAAACGGAGCGCCACCCGCUGGUGGCAGGACAUAACAAGGCUUCAACGCAAUCCCAGAAAUCUAAACUACUUGAAGAAAACAAUGAUGCUGAUACCAGAUCAACUUGUGCCGAUCAGAAGGCUGAUGGACCGUCCCUGAAAGCUGAGUCGGGAGGUAAAAAGAUCGGGGGAGCUCAAGUCUGUGUUCCUUCUGAUUCUGAGGAUGAUUGUCCAAUAUGCCUAGAAGAGUAUGAUUACGAGAAUCCAAAGAUAGUGCUUCAGUGCAACCAUAAUUUCCAUCUUAGUUGCAUUUACGAGUGGAUGGAAAGAAGUCAAUCUUGUGCGGUCUGUGCCAAGGUAAUGUUGUUUAAAGAGGACCAAUAACAUGCUGGCUGCAAUUCUUUACACAUGCUGAAGACCCAGGACUGAAUUGCUUAGGUUGUGUACAUAGCAUUGGUGAAAUCAUGUCGCUAGAUUGUUUGCUGAAACCUCUAGCGGUGCGAAGAUUUGGCUUUUCCUUCUAGAGCAGUUCAUGUUUCUCUUUUCUCCACGAAUUUAAUGAUUUCUGCCAAUGCACACCUGGCAUUUUUCAAACUGAUGUUACUUUGGUGAACGGUGGGUGAUCGCACUGGCUUGACAUGCUCAAGUAUAAUGCUCUGGAAACUUCACAAGUUACAUCCA